UUCUGGCACCGCAGUUGGCUCCAUCAGUUUCCAGUGCGGCUGCAGUGACACAUUGAAACAUCUUCUGUGAUCAGAAAAGCUGGUCUAUCUUCUAUACGCACAAGGCGCACACCACGGGAUUUUCAAGAGUUGUGCUGCAUUGCGCGCGCGCGCUUCCCCGAUUUGGAUUUCGACAGCACCGAUUUAGUGGAGCUGGAUUUAAAUGCGCGUCUGUCUGGACCGGCACAAGGGAGUUUAAAGGGUCGAGGCUCCCAUCAAGCUGGAGCUAAGGCAAUUGUGUCUAAGAUCUCCUUCUCCUGAUGUUCGGACCUGAGAAACUCAGGAUGGGAAAUUCUGAGCAAGCCAUGUUGUUUUGCGAGGCCGCUGUCUCCCAGCUUUUAGCCUGAGGAAAGAAGGAGACAAAGGGGCGGUGAGGAACCCGAGUGUGGACUUAAACCACUACAGACUUGGCUCAACACAGCAGGAGCAUGUCUGCUUACAGAGGCCCUUCAUGGAUGGGUUCCACCAUGGCUUUCCUGCUGCUCUGGAUGGGAUUCAUGUCCAUCUGUGCAGUCACAAUCCAGGGUCAACAGUACCCUGUGGUCACCACCAACUAUGGAAAGUUGCGAGGAGUGAAAGUGACAUUACCCAAUGAGAUCCUGGGACCAGUGGAACAGUAUUUGGGGAUCCCAUAUGCAUUGGCCCCAACAGGUGAACGGCGGUUUCAGGCCCCGGAGCCCCCGAUGUCCUGGCCGGGCAUCAGGAAUGCUACUCAGUUUGCUCCCGUUUGUCCUCAGUUUUUGGAAGAUCGCUUCCUGCACAAUGAUAUGCUCCCUGUGUGGUUCACAGCCAACUUGGAUACACUGGUAACCUAUGUGCAGGAGCAGAGCGAAGACUGCCUUUAUCUGAACGUCUAUGUACCCACUGAGGACGAUAUUCACGACGAGAAUGGGUUAAAGCCGGUCAUGGUUUACAUUCAUGGCGGCUCCUUUAUGGAGGGAACCGGCAACAUGAUUGACGGCAGCAUCCUGGCGAGCUACGGCAACGUCAUUGUCAUCACAAUCAACUAUCGUCUCGGCGUUCUGGGGUUCCUGAGCACAGGAGACCAGGCAGCCAAGGGCAACUACGGCCUGCUUGAUCAAAUUCAGGCUCUCAGGUGGAUCAAGGAAAACAUCCAGACCUUCAAAGGAGACCCAAAACGAGUGACCAUUUUCGGCUCCGGUGCCGGGGCCUCGUGUGUCAGCCUGCUGACUCUCUCGCAUUACUCAGAAGAUAUGUUCCAGAAAGCUAUCAUACAGAGCGGCACAGCACUUUCCAGUUGGGCAGUCAACUACCAGCCCGCCAAGUACACACGAGCCCUGGCCGAGAAGGUGGGCUGCAACAUGCUGGACACCAUACACCUGGUGGAGUGCCUGCAGAACAAAAACUACAAGGAGUUGAUUGAGCAGUAUGUGACGCCGGCCAAGUACCACAUUGCCUUCGGUCCUGUGAUCGAUGGCGACGUAAUACCCGACGAUCCUCAAAUCCUCAUGGAACAAGGCGAGUUUCUCAACUACGACAUUAUGUUGGGCGUCAAUCAAGGCGAGGGAUUCAAGUUCGUCGACGGGAUUGUGGACAGUGAGGAUGGUGUCUCCGCCAAUGAUUUUGACUUCGCUGUGUCCGACUUUGUGGAUCAUCUUUAUGGCUACCCCGAGGGCAAGGACACUCUACGCGAGACAAUCAAAUUCAUGUACACCGACUGGGCAGACAAGGAGAAUCCAGAGAACCGCCGCAAGACCCUGGUAGCGCUGUUCACAGACCACCAGUGGGUGGCGCCAGCAGUGGCUACAGCUGAUCUCCAUGCCCAGUAUGGCUCCCCUACCUACUUUUAUGCUUUUUACCACCACUGUCAGAGCGACAUGAAGCCCAGUUGGGCCGACUCAGCCCACGGUGAUGAAGUACCCUAUGUAUUCGGGAUCCCAAUGAUUGGCCCGACGGAUCUCUUCAACUGCAAUUUCUCCAAGAAUGACGUGAUGCUGAGUGCUGUCGUCAUGACCUACUGGACAAACUUUGCCAAAACAGGUGACCCAAAUCAACCAGUUCCACAAGAUACGAAGUUCAUUCACACAAAGCCCAACAGGUUUGAGGAGGUAGCCUGGACAAAGUAUAAUCCCAAAGACCAGCUCUACCUUCACAUUGGUCUCAAACCUCGGGUCCGAGACCACUACCGUGCCACCAAGGUCGCCUUCUGGCUGGAGCUGGUGCCGCAUCUCCACAACAUCAAUGAAUUCUUCCAGUACGUGUCCACCACAACCAAAAUACCGCCGCAAGACACCACACCGUACCCUUACACCAAGCGCUUUCCUGGCAAAAACAAUUGGCCCUCUACCACUCGCCAUCCAGGGGUGCCAUCCAGCAACACCAAGCACACCACGGAUCAGCGCAAAAGCGACGACCUCAUUGACGAGUCGACCGUGUUGAUCGAGACCAAGCGGGACUACUCCACCGAGCUGAGCGUCACCAUUGCUGUGGGCGCCUCCCUGCUGUUCUUAAACAUCCUGGCCUUCGCUGCGCUAUACUACAAAAAAGACAAGCGACGUGCCGAGUCAACCCGCCACGUCCCCACCCCGCAGCGCAAUUCGACGCCAGUCAACGUGCCCUCUACUGCCAACGACGUGGCCAGCAUGCAGAGCGAGGAGUUGAUGACGCUGCAGAUGAAGCAGCAGCAGCUGGAACACGAGCAACAGCGCGAGUCCAUGCAAGUCCAUGACACACUGCGCCUCACCUGCCCACCCGACUACACCCUCACGUUGCGCCGCUCACCCGACGACAUACCGCUGAUGACACCGAGCACCAUCACCAUGAUCCCAAACUCAAUGGCUGGCAUGCAGCCUCUGCACAACUUCAAUACUUUUGGAGGCAGCCAAAACAGUACCAACCUGCCCCAUGGCCACUCCACCACACGGGUAUAGCUCUGUUGGGAUCGGACCGCACCAGAUUCCCACAGUGGGGGGGAACUGAUUUGACAAAGGCAAAUGGUAGUGAUGGUCUAUGUGAAGCACAGACUCCAAAAUUUCACAGAGACAUUAUUUUGCUACGCUGCCUUCUUGACAAAGCAUACAUAGUAAAAAAUGAUAUCUUUUUAAACAAAGAAAAUAUGAAUUGUGAAUGUCACUGUAGUAAUAUGGAGCUAAGCUUCAUGGAGUUUUAUCAACAGAAAAGCGGAGACAGUGAAUGACUGAGUUGAUAUUCAUCUUAUAAAAAAAGCAAUCUAAUGCAUUGCGACAACUGAUAUACAAAGACAUCCUCUGGAAUCUCAUUUUUAUUGAUUAUAAAUGUUUCAGACUCCUUACUGGGUAACAGAUUAUUAUUGACUUCAAAAGAGAACUCUUGAGACAAUUAAAAAAAGACAGUAAAAUACUUUGAGAAUUCUUCUAUUGCUGAUUUUAAUUUGAUUGUUUUGUUCUGAGCUUUCUGUUGAGGUGUAAAUACUGUAUAUAUGAACAGAGCACAUCCUGUUCCCCAUGAUUCAAUCUUUUUUUUUUCACUUGCACAGCCAAAACAAUUUCAGCCUUCGAGAGUUGUGCAUUUUGGGCCUCCAGGCCAUGAUGUAAAUAUUAUGUCGUUUUGCGAGAUCCUUUUUUGUCAAUUCAGGAUGUUUGCAAUGAUUUUUUUUUCCCAUUUACAGACUUCUAAAAAAGAGUAAUUUGGUCUGCUGUCAGGUGGUUUUGCUUUUUUUUGUGUGUGAGGGCGGGGAUUUUUUAUUGUAUUUAUAUUGUUUAUUUCUGCUUGCACCAACAAUGUGGCCUGAAAUAUAUAAUUACAUUCAUUAAGGCAGUAUCAAUAUUAGUUGUAAAAGAAUAAAUGUUGUUACAUAGUUCAAAUUCUACUCAUAUGUUAUCAAUAUGUAAAGUAUUGUGUCUGGCUUGUGAUAUAUUUUGGGUUCAAAAGCAAGUGAAUGAAUGUCAAUAGUCUUAUUUAUUAUGAAAUGAAAGCGGAAUAACUCAAUGUUCAUUUUGUUUUGCAUCUGUUAUGCUACAAACAGGAAGACACUACAUCUGCUAAAUCCAUUUAGGGAAAAAAAGUGAAGAUAAGGACAUUUCACAAUUGUUGGUUUCUUAUACAGUAUUUGUUUGCUAUUUUGCCUUAAGUGAUGAUAGAGAUACUAUUUCUGGCUGGACACAUGUAUAAAGUUUUUCUGCAAUGUUUUUAAUAAAAUAAAGUAUUUUCUAUAAGGAGAGAGGGGAAAACAUCAAAGGCUCAAAUGAAUUUGAUUGGGUUUAUACUGUCAAGGAGUCACAUUUCCCCACAAAUUAAAGCAGCAAUUGAAUGCAAAAGACGAUAAACGGCAAGUCUUGCAAACGACCCGAUCAUAUUUCCGUCUGUUUGUGACGUAGAAAUUGCCUAAUUAUUCAAGUACCUGCCCACUUCAUGGUUGGUCCAUGCUCACUUAUCUCAGGAAAAUACAGCUGCGUCAUGUGCAAAGCUUUGCGUCACUAGCCAAACUCAAGACGGGUGGAGAAAUAAAUGGCUCCAAUUUAUGUUUGGAACUAGAGCUGUCAAAGUUAACAAUUUAACUCCCGAUUAAUCACAAAAACAAUUAUCACAGUCAACAUGUAUUAACACACAAUUUAAUUUGACCACACACCCUCCUUUACCGUAACCUCCCAACCCUUAAUAUGAAUGAUUGCAUUACCAUAAUGGUGGUUGUCUCCUCAUUUAGAUCUAUGUAUUAGUAA